AUGGUUUCCGACGAAGGUUACACGUAUGAAUUCGAUGUUUCCUCGGAGAACGAACGCCUAGCUGGACAGCACCAGGCUCUUAAGCUUGGAAUGGGAAAAUUGGUAUUGGCUCCAAUGGAUCUAUCGCGUGAAGGCCUCAAAAUCCUUGACGCCGGCUACUGGCUACAAGAGCUUGGUCCAUCCUUGCUUCAUCAUCCAACAUGUGAAUUGAUUGGAACUGAUAUUACGGGCGAACGGUUCCCAGACAAGCCUGAGGGGAUGAAGCUACUUGUGCAAAACUCCGUGGGCCCUUUCCCUGAUUCAUGGGCUCAGACUUUUGAUCUUGUUCACCAACGCUUUACCCUUAGCGGAAUACCAAACUACAAAGAUUGUGUUUCUGCGCUUCUUAGCUUGGUCAAGCCAGGUGGCUGGAUCCAGCUAGUGGAACCAGAGGACAUGUCUUCUGAACCAAAUGGUCCUCAAGUGAAGCUUUUCGCAGAUUUGGUCAAAAUGUUUGCGCUUAACUCAGGGUCGGACUUGGGGUUCCAGAAUGGAGGCCUCGAAUCAGCCCUAAGGGAAGCUGGGUUUAUCCGUGUUGGAAAUAUGGUGGCCCCUGUUUGUUUUGGCGCUGAAUGCCCAGAUCCCAGUCUGCGUGAGCAAUCGAUGAAAGCAUAUUGUCACACUGCCUCUCAGUUCAUGGACUCCUACAAACGUCAUCGCAAAGAUGAUGACGGACUGACACCUGCUGAAAUUGAUUCAUACGUUCCUCGCUUAGCCGAUGAGCUGAGAGAUAGGGGGGGAUACGCAGCUGUACGAGUUGUAUGGGCACAACGCCCAUUUUGA